UGUCCGUGUAAAGCUUAACUUAACACGGACUCAUAUUCCAACUGGACAUGCAGUUUUCUGAGAACAUUGUAAACCAUGAAAAAAUCGCUUUUUCUCUCUAAAACAGAAGCCUGGUUGUGCUUCUAGCAACGCGAGGCGCAGCUCCGGCACCGACUUUGCAGGUGUCAAGGUCCAGCAAGCGCCAAAGAAGAGUUACGGGCAGCCAUUGAGAGGUAUGAUAGCUGCACUGGAUCACUGAUUGAGGUCCCCUCUAAAUUAUAACACUGACAACAAUGGCAACAGAAUGUAUAAAAACCUGCUGUAAAUGGUGUUUCUGCAUGAACAAGGAAACAGUUUCCAUGGUGCAGGAAUCUGAAGCAGUAGCUGCAAGCAAGCCAACUAUUGUAGAGAAGCCUCCAUUGUCUUCUGUGUCAGUGAAGCGUCAAGUUGGCUGUUCAGAGGAUUAUUUGCUUUCUAAACUGCCCCUGGAUGGUCAGGAGGUACCAUUUGUGGUCCCUCCAUUCAAAUUGGCUUAUGUACAGCCAAAGAGCCUUCCUAGUAUCUCACAUACUGGAGGGAUUAAAGAGUCAGCCAGAACCUCGCUUGGUGAGCGGAAGGCAGAACUGCACAGCGUGUACCAGUGGCCCCGCUAUGACGUGUACAACCCCUUCUAUCUGGAGCAUCGGGUUUCGCCAGACCUCAUCAGGCGCUUCCAAGCAAAAUCAGAUAGUAGGAAAUUAUAUGGGUCAGUUAGUGAUUUAAGACCCAGUGCUUUGCCUGGCUCACUUGAUGUAAGCCGUUCGAUGUUUGAUCUCAGGAGCCCACCUCACCGAUUCAUGAAGAGAUACAAUUCAGUCUCCAGUGUACCUAGCAGUACCUCUUCCAGGAAGGAUUCACAAGGCAGUAACAGGAGUCUGGAUACUAUUACAUUAUCAGGUGAUGAACGAGACUUUGGAAGACUGAAUGUGAAGUUGUGUUAUGUUUCAUCUGUAGAACAGAUUUGGAUCACAGUUUUACAUUGCAAAGACCUGAGCUGGCCUUCUAGCUGUGGGGAAAAUCCUCCUAUCUGUGUCAAGGGAAUUCUCACACUGCCCAAGCCAGUGCAUUUCAAAUCUUCUGCCAAGGAGGGCUGCAGUGACAUUGAAUUUAUGGAAACUUUUGUUUUUGCUAUUAAACUGCAAAGCCUGCAGGCUGUCAGACUGGUAUUUAAAAUCCAGACACAGACUCCCAGGAAAAAAACUAUUGGAGAAUGUUCCUUGGCACUGCGAGAGCUGAGCUCACAGGAGUCGAGUCAUUGGCUGGAUAUAUCUCCUCCUUCCAAAGCACCUGUGUGCCGUCCAGAACUUCAAAUAGGAACUUGUUUUCAAGCAAUAAACAGGAGGAUACAGUUACAGAUUCUUGAAGCACAAAACCUUCCUGUUUCAUCUACGCCACUGUCAUCAAAUUUCUUUGUGAAAAUCGGAAUGUUCAGUACAGAGGGCAUCAUCUAUAAGAAGAAGACUCGCCUUCUGAAGUCCACUAAUGGCCAAGUGAAGUGGGGAGAAAUGAUGGUUUUUCCAGUUAGCCAAGCAGAACAAGGAAUUAGCUUUCUCAUCAAGCUCUACAGCAGAAGCUCGAUGAGAAGAAAACACUUCUUAGGACAGAUCUGGUUAAGUCCCAAUAGCAGCAACAAUGAAGCAGUAGAGCAAUGGAAAGAUACCAUUGCAAAUCCUGAAAAAGUUGUUGUUAAAUGGUACAGCAUUGGUCCAUCUUGAAGACUGGAGAUGAAAUUCAGAACUGAUUUUUCUACGAAAAUCCAUAUGCUGUCUAAAAUAUUAUAAAUAAAAAGAAAGAUAUUGUCUAUGCAAGUUCUUCAGAAGUCCUCCACUGCAUUAUGCCUCUGUGGAAACAGGGAAGAUUCAGUUUCACCAAGAGAAAUACCAGCUAAAUAUUAUUACAAAGAAGACUUAGGAACCGGAGGAAGUGCUCAUUUGAUUUCACAAAAUCCAUCUUGAAAAAAAGAUGCUUGCCCCAUUUGGGCUUCAUAAAAGCACAGAAAUUCAGUUUUGGAGAGAAGCAGCUUGAAUCAACUCUGUUUCACACUAGUCACUGACAUCAUGCUCAUCUGCAGUCUUGUCUUUGGCAGACUCCAAAGUCCAGGGUAUGGGUCAGGUCAGUGGCUCGAUUCUGGGUACCUGUGAGCCUCUGGGGUUGUUGACACCAUUUGAUCACAGUAACACAUGUCCAAGCAAGUGGGAAAGCUGCGGCAGUAGGAGAAGGCGUAAAAGGAAGUACACAGUAAGGCAGUACCCACAGGCUUUUCUGAUCUCCAUUUUGGAUGAAGGGUUGUUCAGAAGCCUGUAGCUUGAGCUUGCCCCCAUCCUUUUCUCAAAACAGAGAGAUGGAAAGAUAAAAGUUUCUCUGACUUAGUGAUCUUUAAAAGAGGGGCCCUCCAGACUUACUCUGUUUGGGUAAAUUCUGGCUGGAAUCAAUGGAAUAGUACAAAGAGGCAAUGACCCUGCCUAGGAUCAGAGCCAAUAUUUUUAGAUUAGUUUCUUACAUAGAAAACUUAUAUGUAAACCACUUCCUAUCUAAUCAACAUGCUCUAGCAUUUGCUUACAUUGCCAAAACACAGGCUAAUAUGUACAAAGGAGUAAGCAAAGAUUUACUCACGUAAGUGCUUUUUUAUAUUAAUUAAAAUGCAGCACUGUAAGGCAUUCAGACUGUGGUUAAAGGAUGGGCUGCUACUGCAGAAGUAUUUGUUACAUGUCUAGGAUGCUAAAAAUAUUACGUGUGGGAGUACAUUUUCAUUACUUGUUUCUACUAAGAAGAAAUGACUAUAUUUUUUAUUGCAAAUGGUAUUUUUCAAACAAAAUCCUAAUACUAUAUUUUCUAUUAGUUCCAAUAUUUUCAGGUGUUUAUUCACAGUUAUUUUUAAGGGGGGAAAAGACCAAGUAUAUAAUUGAUAAUGUAUAAAUCUAAAAGCACAGACCUCUGCACUAUUUCAACUACCUGAUUAAAAAAUUGAAUAAUUGAUAAUUGAAACUUUUUAAACUUCAACCAUCCAGAUUGUUGUUGUUGAAAUGUGGUAUUUUGAAAACAGAAGGAUUUUUACAGACUCAGACAUAUUCUGCUUUUCGAUCAGUCAUUUUAAAAGAACUGAAAAAAGGUUUUGCAUAUCACUUGGAGAACAAACAUCACUUCUAGCUCUUACUCUUUGCAAAGCUCCUAGUAGGCCCAGAAGAUCUUGACUGACACUGAUAAUUUUCAGCCAGUUACAACAGUCAGGAGGAGCUUGGCCUGCUGGGUAAAAUGAAAAAAGGAAGUGGGCUGACCUGAUAUUUUUGGAGUAUCUUUAUUUGAAUACAUGGAUCUUUUUUUUUCAUUGUGGCUGAACAUUUUAUUAUUCAUUGUGGCAGUAAAAAAGCUGUGCAAACUAACUCUUUCCUGAUGCAGAAUGCCAUUCUGUUUAAAAGAGAGGACAGGGAAUAUCCCAGUGUUUUGCAGACUUUAAUUACUACAGCAGUGGUUCUACAGUUUCCAACUCAGUGGAUACUGUGUAAAAUGGAUUUCUGGGGCUGUUUUAGGACACCUACCCUUCUAAAGGCCUAACUAGUCUCUUUUUUUUCUAUGUUAAUAUUUAAUCUGUUUAUAAUAAAAGCUAUGAACAGAAAACAUUCCUCUUUUUUCCCCAAUUGUUUAUACCAAUGUAAAGUAGGAAUUGAACUUCACUUUGAGAUGCUGCUAAACUCUGAUCUUCUGCUAAAAAUGUAAGAAGAUUGUGACUUGCUAUUCAUCUCUUGGAAAGCUUCAGUAGGGUGCAUCAAGGUCUCAGAAGCAAGUGUUCAAGGCUGGAAAUUUUUCAGCAUCUCACAUGAAAAUGGGAAAAAACAACCUUCACCUAUAGUCUGGACUGAUGCAGAGUUAUUCUAGAGAUCUAUGAUUUAUGUUCCCAGUUUUAGUGCUUCCUGAUUGAAAUACAGCUUCAUGAUCAACAA